AUUUCCAUUUGAAGAUGUCCAAUAAAAACAUGCAUUUGCAUGAGAUUCCGUGCCCUAUUUUUGACUAUUAUCGAAAAUUAGCCAAAGUAUCCACGAAUUGAUGAAUUCACCUCACACUAGUGAGGUUGAAUCAUUACAUUAUCAAGUGCACUUCCUUUAAAAUAAAAAAAAAUGAAAUUUAUCCACCGCUUAUUUCAGUGCAGAUUAGCCCUCUGGCCAACUGACCGCUAAUUAAUUAAAAUUUUAUCUGAUAUGCACACAAUUAUAAAUAUACAUACACACAUUUGCAUAUACAUAUGUAUGUAUAUAUACAUAUAUAUGUACAUAUACACUUCUCGGAAUAGAUAAAACUUUGGGUAUAAAAAGACAAGCGCAAACUUUCCGGUGAUAUACUUCACCAAUCUCAGGAAAGUGAAUAUCAGUUAAAGACAGCACUGCGCCGCGCCGAAAGCAUACAAAAAAUGAAAGUAAUCCAGCUUCUCCUUAGCAUAAUGCUGGCCCUCAUGCUUGUGGCUCCUACCGUUUUCGCUCAAGUGUACACUGUACCAACAGCAGCUCCAACACCGCCAACAAUUAAUCCAACAACCGCAGGCGCAGCAACUGAUGAUGGCCCACCAUCUGCGUCCUCAACACCAAGUCCAGCUUCAGUUAGCACCGAAUACCCUUUAUAUGGUACUACUUCAUAAAUAUCUUGAUCCAACCCAGCUGUUUAUAAAUACACACUUACAUUUGCCGGGAUCUGUGAGUCUGUUCCUUUGAACUUCGCACUAAAACCGGUGGAACUGUCAAACUACAAUAACCUACUCUACUAUAACCAUUUGAAAAUUAAAUAAAUACGAGCUUUAACAGACAAGUAAUUUUUAA